UUCAACAAUGUCUACUGGGAGAUUUGUUCUAAUGUUUGUCAUAUUCAGGACGAUUUAUUGCUAUAAACACAAAGCAAUGGAUGUUGUUGUGGAAGCGAACAAUAAACAAGGAUUCGAAAAAAUUCUUAAUGAUGACAUCAUUCUACCCAAGCAGAGGUCUUCUUCUAGUUCCCAGGACUACUCUGCCGCAGUGAGGUUUAAAAGAAGUCUGUGGCCCAAUGGCGUCAUUCCUUAUAAAAUCGAUAAGAGUAUAGCGCGGCGUCCAAAUCACGUCCGAGUCAUCAAGCUGGCYAUGGCCGAGUGGGAGCGAGUAACCUGUAUUCGGUUUGUAAAUAAAACCAAUCAAACUAAAAUUCGAGAAUACGUCAAGAUCUUCUAUGGGUCUCAAGGUUGCAGAGGGAGUGUCGGGCGUUGGCAUAGAAAAGCAUCCAUUUUGUCUUUAGGAAGAUGGUGUGACAAUCUUCUUGUUGUUCUACACGAGUUAGGUCACACAAUCGGUUACUUUCAUGAACAAAACAGACCUGACCGCAAUAAAUACGUUAGGRUAUUAUGGGAAAAUAUUGAUCCAGAAAAUAGAGGGUUUUUUGGUCGAAGACGCACUUUAGCGGACAGUCGUGGGAUUCCCUACGAUUAUAGUUCUAUCAUGCACUAUGGGGCAAAGACAUUUUCCAGGAAUAAAAAGCCAACUAUAAUAUCUCUUGACCCUUCAAUAAAGUCGCUUGGUAAUACGGGACUUAGUCAACUGGACAUCAGACAGACCAAUUUGUUGUAUAACUGUUUAGAUUAUCCAGAAUUUCCCGAUGAUUUCUUCUUUACAACUGGCUUGCCUCCACACACGGCAUACUGUGUAGCGAUGGAAGAACCAAAGGACCGUUCUUGGACCACAACAAAUAUUUGUUACAGGAAAGAUAAGAAAAAGAUACCAAUUCUGUGGUCACAUACUGGUAACAUCCUAUCUAUGGAGUGUACCAAUACCAUCAUGCCUCGCAAAGGAAUUGAUGCUAAGUUCUGGCAGGACAACUACCUAUGUGUACCACGUGAUAGUAGUCUGAAAUUUCAUUGGUCGGUCUCUGGCCCUAUUAACGGAAUGAAAUGUUCUGUUGUAAUACCUGGGUCUAACCACCGAGACAGAUACUAUUUGUGUGCUACAAAGCAAGCUGUUGUUAAAGAUCCUAAAGACUCUGUUGGAGAUGACUAUUCACAUUGGUCGGCAUGGCAUCCAUGCAGCAACGACUGUGGGGGUGGUACACAGUACAAAUAUCGCAGAUGUAAGAAGAAAGGGACUUGUGUUGGAAAAACAUGGAAAACCAGAAUAUGCAACGUGCAAAAAUGUUUGAGCUGGCCCCAUUUCCCUGAGGAUUUCCAAUUCUAUAUCGGUAAUUACAAACAUGGUCUGUCGUGCGCACAAAUUUACGAACGGAAAGACUAUUGGAGCUGGAUCAACCAUAAGUUCUGUUGGUCUAUUGUUAAUAGAAGAAAACUUACGAUUCGUUGGUCUGACAGCGGGAAAAUACCUGGAAUGAAAUGUACGAAAAUAACUGAGCCGAUUGAACGGCACACCACUGGCUGGAAUGAUAACUAUCUGUGUGUUCAAUCCAAUGCGCCCUACAAGUUUCGAUGGUC